AUGGAUCCGCGGAACGGAUGGUCCAGACAACCACCAGAGAUCUUAAGAUGUAGUCAGGAUCUGGAUCAACGUGAUUGGGACGAAUAUGCGGAACGGCUCACCUUUACGAAUAACACCGCAAGAGAUCGGAUCCGAGGUGAAAUCCCUUGCUACAUGGAAGUACUCGUCGGCAUGAUCGAGAUCCAAGAAGGUGACGAUACAGUUGCAAAAGUUAACCAGUGCUUGCGCGAAGCCAUCGUGGAUCGAUCUGACAGACACAAUGAUCUAGUACGUCCACACCCAGUGGAUGCUGGAUCAAGGACCGGGUUGUACUCGGACCGAGUGUGUGAAGAAUAUGCGAAGAAGCUGGUCCAUCUAUGGCAUGGACCAUUUCGUGUUGCAGAAAAGAUUGGGGAGUAUGCGGCGAAUCUUGACAUUGUAAGAGCAGCGUACAACAUUUUUCCGGUGGGGGGUUCCAAAUCGGUCCGCCUAGUGGAGUCGGAUGCAGAUCGAUUUGACUUCGAUAAAGCGCUUCUACCUGAAGAUAGUUGGAUCCAGGAUCGGGAUCCCGAUGAAUAUGAAGUGGACCGAAUUUCGGACAUGAGUACUGGUAAAAGGACGAGAUAUGGACGGAUCUACCGAGAAUUCUUGGUACGCUGGCGUGGUUCUGAAGAUCCAACUUGGGUGGGGAAGCAGAUCUCAACUGCGGCGCCCUACGUUAUGAGUUUCUGUGAGAUCGCAUCAAUCGUAACAGAUUUGGCGUGA